AUGAGCGUUGUGAUAUACCGACUAACACUCCAUCCAUUAGCAAAAUAUCCAGGUCCUUUUCUGGCCAAAAUCACAGAUUGGUCGAUCGUAGUGAAAGCCAGGCGGGGUGAUCGACAUCUAGAUUCCUGGGCUGAACACGAAGCAUAUGGACCUGUCGUUCGCAUUGGCCCCAACACGCUCUCAUUCAACACCAGCAGCGCCCUCGCGUCCAUCAACUCCAGCCGAAGCGCAAACGUUCAGAAGGGCCCGUGGUACAGGACUAUCGACGCAGGGUCCAAGGCUUUCUCGGUGCACUCCGAGAUUGACCGCGUCCGACACGCCUUCAGGCGGCGCAUUCUUGAUCAGGCCUUCUCCGACUCCGCGCUCAACCAAGCCGAAGAGAUUAUCCUUUCCAACGUCCGUUCUUGGACCACUGAGCUGUGCUCUACCACCGAAAGUAAGGGUUGGAGUCCGCCUCGCAACCUGAAGAACUGGUCAGACUGGCUUGCCUUUGACAUGAUGGGUGAUCUCACCUUCAGCAAGUCUUUCGGUGCCGUCUCAGAAGGCCGCAACCGCUUUGUACCCGCGGUGGUCCUCGAGUCCACGAAAUUUGUAUACGAGGCGGGUUUCUGGCCCUUCAUCUCGUUGAUCCGUCCAUUCUUCGGAACAAGAUUCAUGUCCUGGGUCAUGUCCUUCUUCCUCGCCACUCGUGCCGCCGACAACGAAUCCUACAUCAAGUACGCGAACGCACAGAUGAUGGAGCGUAUGGCAGCCGAGGCUAGUGCCACCACUGAUAAGCCACAGCGGCGAGACCUAGUCCACUACCUGUUGCACGCCCGCGACCCUAGUACAGGCGCGGGCCUCACACACGAUGAGCUUAAUGCCGAUGCGGCCCUGCUCAUACACGCAGGCAGUGACACCGUGGCAUGCACCAUUGCCUCCACCCUAUUCUACCUCCUGCACCAUCCCAGAGUUCUCGGUGAAUUGCAAAGGGAGCUUCGUGGCAGCUUCCCCACACUCGCAUCAAUCCAUACCAGCGCGAAGCUGAACGCCGGCUUUCCGCUCCUCAGAGCAUGUAUUGAUGAAUCGCUGCGUAUGGCGCCACCUGUGCCAUCUCACUUACCGCGGCAGGUGCUCCCAGGCGGGAUAAUGAUAGAUGGUCAUUUCAUUCCCGCAGGAACGAUUGUAGGAGUAGGCGCUUUUGCCAUCCAUCAUGAUGAGACGUACUUCCCUGAGCCGUUUGAAUGGCGGCCUGAGAGGUGGAUCGUGGAGACAGUGGAAGACAAGGAUAAAGAAGAGCAAGUAAAGGUGGCGAGGGGCGCGUUCUAUGCUUUCGGCGUGGGACCUCGGAUGUGUGCAGGACGGAAACUAGCGUAUCUGGAGAUAAGUUUAGCGUUGGCGGUUUUGCUGUGGAGUUGCGAGAUACGACUCGCCCAAGAGGUCGGAACGAAGGGACUCAAGGUAGAGCAGGGCCGUGAUGGUCGGCGCAAACAAAUCAGAAGCAGGGAGGAUGUCUAUCAGAUUUGGGAUCACUUCGUGGCAGAUCGGAAUGGGCCGGUCGUGCAGUUCAAGUUGAGAGACGAGGCGGCAAUUUGA